CUUACCUGUGGUAUAUGCCGUUUUGUUUCUCCGGGACAGAAAGUAUUUUCUUUUACUAAAAAUGCUUUUGGGAAAUGUACUUGACAGAUGCGAUCCCCAACUAAUAACUUAUUUGGUACAACAUAUUCCCAGUCCAGUUUUCUUUUAUGUGUAACACUAAAAGUUGGUAUUCCUUCUGUUUUUUUUUUUUACAAAGCGCACAGCGUUUUGGCAUUAUUUAUAAUAUAAUCAUAUUUUUAUCUAUUCUGUGAUUUAUUAUUUGUACUUUUUCUUUAUUAUGUAUGGUGCUUAGGAUUUAGGAAUCAUAUACAGAAAAAUAAAAUUACAAACCGACCUCAAGAACCGACGGCCAUCUGUAGCCAAUAGUUAUUCGUACCACGCACGCGCUCAUGAGGUUUUUUACAUUUUACCCCUACUUCACGUCCGAUGUGAUAACAUACACUGAAUUUUUGAUUAGAAGAAUGUCAUUCCGCAAUACUGCCAGUCUUCCUCGAUAAUCUCGUUAACUAAAUUCGUCUUCUAGAACAUCGCCGGUAUUGAAUAAUAUCUAUUUUGUCGUUGGUCGUGUUGAGUGUGAUAUAUAGUAAUUGAUAUUCUCUUAGACUAUCGUAAAAAUUAUUCGCUCGAAAAUGGUCGUGAAAGUGUACAUAUCUGGCAUAUCGGGUAACAAGGAAGUAAGCGGACGACGUGGAUGUCACGGUUCUUACUUACGAAUAACAAAUAACUUUUGCUAUCAUUUUGUAGGUAAAAAAACGCCAACAGAGAGUCACCAUGAUAUUGGACAGCAAGAGUAUUUCGUACGACCUAGUGGACAUCACUGAACCGGGCAAAGAGGAUGAAAAAAUGUACAUGCAAACUAACAGCAAGACCAAAGAUGGAUCAAAAAAUGCCCUGCCCCCCCAGAUAUUCAAUAACGAAAUUUAUUGUGGGGUAAGUAGCUAUUAUAAUUUAUAGGAUGUAGGCAUUAGUGCCAAAAACAAAAUACAACUUAUUGUUCAAAUUCAUUAAAAUUAUUAGGAAUUAUAUUCGUAUAAUAUAAUAUAUUUUAUCAGUAUGAUAGUUUGUACCAAUUGCUAUUGGUGUUUAGUUUUUAUAGAGUUUCUAGUUAUGUACGUCAGUUAAAAUCUAACCUAAUUUUGGUCAAGUUAAGAUAAAUCUAUGACAAGAAAGUUAUUUUUGCCAUAUUAGGUAAUAACAAGUUUUCUAAAAUCUAUUUCAAUUUAACUAUUUUAUCUUGCUAUUUGUACAAGUGUACCUAUGUACCUAAAUAUAUCUUUUUGAUUUUAAUCUAUAUUUUUGUUAACAUAAAGUUAUUUAAAUAGGAAAAUAGUAGUAUAUUAUACAAAUGGCUAUCAAUGAUAAUAUUUCACAUGUUUUAAAUACAGUAAAUGAUUGAAAUGCUGUUAAUUUGUAAUAAAAAAUAACUAUAAUAUUAUUUUCAAUCAACUUUAGACAGUUCACUUUUCUUACUAUUAUUUGAGUAUUAUUUGAUUAUUUUCUAACAUUAUUAAAAAUAGUUUAAUAGUACCAUGUUUAACUUAAGUUCAUAAUAUUCACUUCUUACAAAUAUAUUGCAUAUAAUUGUAUUUUGGUUUUUUUUAACUGUAAUCUACCUAGUUUUUUUAAAGUCUGAUAAUGGGUGUGUCUACACAGUUUUAGGAGGGAAAUUGUAAGGGAGGAUAUAUAAAGUAAUUUAAUUUACAUCCGGAUGUGAUGAUAUAUCAUUGCUAAUGAAAAAAAAUUUUAAGUUGAGCAUUAUUAGUUGUAUUCUGUCUUUUGUUUCCAAGGUGCGAGUAACUUAGAAAUCAACAAAAAUUUCCAGUUUUUCUGAUUUAUUAAGACAAGGGAAAAUAAAAAUUAUCUUUCAAUGCACCAACUACAUCAAAAAUGCUACAAAAAAGUUCCUAUAUAGUUUUGAUUGGAGCAAGAUUUCUGGUAGGAAAGUUGUUUAGAUACACAUUAUAGUAAAACCAAUACACUCCUUCAUUCACCCAGAAUCUGAAAUAUGUUUAUUAAUUACCUAUCUUAUUUUAAAUUGGAGAACUAAAGUUCUAAUAAACUAAACCAGUUCAUGUUGAAUCAUUGUCUAAGUAUUAUUAUAGAACUGCUCCACAUAGGCUAUUGCUUACUAAUCAGUUAGUAAUACAUUCCAAGUGACUCAAUUGUUGAGUCACUUUCCAAUAGUGUCAUCAACUCAGUUUCUCACUGCCAUAAACACUUUUGUUGUUUUCACAAUUUCAUUAAUUUUGUGUAACAGGGAAGAUCAGAUAUAUCAAUUAUAGGUAUCUCUUUUUGGACAUGUAAUAAAAGCACAACAAUUUUUUAUCUGAAAUAUUGAGUUUUCUAAUAGCAAUGAAUAAUGGUGAAAUUGCCCCUAUUGAUGUAUGAAUCUAAAUUUACCAUAUAUUCUUUAUAUUUCUAUAAAAGUAAAAUGCUAAUAAUUGGUGGUUAUUUCAUAACUGGAGUUCAAAAUGUAAAAACUGCCAUACAUCAAAAUAUAUAGCAGUUUCUGCAAAAUGUUGAUGUAGUAUUGUGCUUCUAUGGACCACACAGGACAAAUUACUGAUUUUGAUUACUUUUGAGUAAGUCUUGUGUCAAGAACUUAGUCACUAAUGUGUUAGAAAUUGAUUAAGAAAAAACUAAUUUAAAUCUCAAACCAAUUGUCAUACAAAUGCUGUUUAAAACUUCUGUUAAACAUAAUAUCUAUUUUGUCUACAUACCUAAUUGAUUUCUGAUCAUACUUGAUUACUCUAAUAAGUAUACUUAACACAAACAUAUUAUGAUCAAAUGUUAAAAAUGUUUUUAAAAUAGGGAUAUAUUUUGUAGAAUUAUGUUUUUAGGUUAUAAAAACUGGUAAGAAGUCUAAAAAACAUUACAAUUGCUAUUAAUUAUCCAAUAUUUCUUUUUAAUUUUACAGACUAAAUAUUAAAUUAUUAACUGUUAAAAAGGUUUUAAAUUUAAGUCCAUUUUAAUAAUUUGAUGUACCUAUGAAACAAUAAAAUCAUUUCAGGAUUAUGAUGAUUUUGAUACAGCAAACGAAUUAGAUGAGUUAGACAAAUUUUUUGAUAUUUCUACCAAAAAUCCACCGAAAGAACUGAAUGGCUCAAUUACUGUGGUAAGAUAUGAAAUAAAUAUUACAUAUAUUAUAAAAUUAAAUUUAUAUAUUUUAUUUGUUCUUUUAGGAAGACAUUAAAGUUGAAAAUAUCAAUGGUGAUAAUGAUUCAAAUGAUGGGUAAAUAUUUAAAAUUAUAAUUGUCUUUUUACAUUGACUAAUUUAAAUAUUAUUAUUAAGUAUUUAUUAUGCAUACAUGGUAAAUAUUUAUAGCUACUGUUUAAACUUGAAGUUUGAACUUUUUCAAAAUUCUUUGUUUAAACUUAAGUAAUAUAAUAUAAUAUUAUUAUAUAUAAUAUUAUAUAAUAUAAUAUUAUUAUAUAUAAUAUUAUAUAAUAUUAAAAUAUACCAAUUUAAAUUUGUAAACAGUACAAAUUUUUAUCAAUUUAUAUGACAAUUGAAAAUGUGAUAUUGUGCUUAUCAAAUUGUAUUGUUAAAUUAAAUAAAACUGAAUUUCAAUUGGAACAAUUCAUAGAGUUAUUAAAGAAAAUGUUAUUCAAGAUCAGCAAGAGAUUUUGACUUCUGAUGAAGAUAGUGAUAACGAAUCGCUUGACACACAGGUGACAAGCAAUUAUUUUGAAAUAAUCAGUUAUAAAAAUGUUAACAAAAUUAUUAUUUUAAUAAAAUUGUGUGUGGUUUGGUUGUCUAACAGUUUUUUUACUAUUAAGUAUAUCAGUAUGAUCAAUAAUUGACUGAAUGCUAAUAUUGUGAUAAUGUUUGCACUUUUUAACAUGAUUGUUUUGUUUUAUUCUUAUUAAUCUGCGGCUAUAUUAAUAUUUAAAAUACAUAAAGUAGUUUUUUAAAUUUUGUCGAGAAUAAACUGAAUAUUUCCUUAAUGUCGUCAAUAAAAAUUCUUUUAAAUUAGUUGUGGACCAAUAAAUAGACGUCAUUUGAAAUAAAAUUGAGGGUUAGCAAACAUAUUAAAUAUUUUAAAUUGAAUUAUGGUCUAAUAAAGUAAGGGAGCAGUCUGUCGAAAGUCGAAAAGUCCUAAUCAAUUGUUUUUUACAAAAUUAGGUAGACUUAUAUCAAAUAAAUAUAGAAGUAACAAAGUAAUCAGUUGUGAUUUUUGUAUGUUUAAAUUUAAUUUAGUGGAUAGUAUAACUAUAUUAAUGUGAUCAUAUAAAAAUCAAUAAAAAGCAAGAAAAUUAUACUUUUUUUUUUUUAUAAAUUACUCAUAGCGUUGCUAUUAAUUUACAACUACAAAAUAAAUGUACAAGGCUGUUGCUACCCCCUAAUGACGCCUAUGAAACACUGUUUUUUUUUUUUUUUAAUCAAAAUUAUAAAUAUUCAAUUUGAAUGUUAGAUUUAUUUGCAUUAUUUUGAUUACAUUAAUAAUAAUAGACCAUUAAUAUAAGAGUAUAGAUAUUUUGUAUACGAUUAAUUUGUGUUUAUAAAGCUUUAAAUGUAAUCGAAUUAAAUAUAUUUUGAAUUUUGUUAUUUAAACUUAUGAUUAUUUUGUAAUUAUAUUACUCUGAGUAAAAUAGCAAAAUAAUUUUUGAUUUUAAGUAUUAUAGCUAUUGCACAAUUAAUAUUUUAUAAACUAUAUUGAACUCUUUAUCUUUUUUGAAAAUUAAAAAUAAUUUUUUAUUUUAAUUUUUACAUAAAAUGUUGGUAUAAUAUUGUAUGAAUUUUAGAACAAACUGAAUGGCUCUACAGAAAGUCCGAAUUCCGUCCCGCAUCCUGAAGACGCAAAUGUAUUAUUGGAUAUCCCAGAAACUAAAAAAGAAUUGCUAUCGGAAAAUGAAGAGGAAAUUGAAGAGUGAGAUUUUUAAACUUCCCAAAAUUAUUAUUAAAAAGAAAAAUGUACAAAAUUACUAUAAUUAUUUAUUUGAUGCGUUGCUCCUACUCUAACAAGUUUUGUUUUAUUAUUUAUUUUUCCUCUAACAAAGUUACUAUAUUAUUCUAGUAAAAAACCACCCUAAGUAUUAGAUUAAAUAUUUAUUUAUUUAUUUUUUUAAUAUUUCAAUAUAAAAAUAAUUUUUUAAACAAAUAGUUAAUGCUUAUAAUUUUAAUCUAAAAUAUUUGUCCAUGACCGCAAUUUGUUUAGAUUUAAUUAUUGGUUUAUGUUCAUUGAUUUUUUUUUUAAGAAUAAUAGAACAAUCUUAAUUACAAUUAUUAUGCUUAAAAUAUAUUUAUUCAUAAUUUGUAUUAUUAUAUUAUAUUUAUACAAAUACAUUUUAAGAAAACAUGUUCUUUUUUUUAUCAACAAUAUUUUAUUCAAUGUUACAAGUUAUAAUAAGAAUAUAUUUAACCAAUGGAGACAUUAUUAUUUAUUGUCAGUUCAUGUUUAUAUAUAAUUAUGCCUUAAAGUCUUUCAGUAAAAUACUAGUUAAUAAUAAUUAUUAACUAUAUACCAAUUGUGUACAUUAACUAAUUGUAUUUUAUUUUCACAAAUGGAUGCUUAAAAAAAUUAACAAACAUUUGAAUGUUUUAUUAUAUGACACUUAUAUAAAGUUACAAUUUGGUUUAAAUAAAUUAUUAUUUAUAUAAUUUCUUGUUAUAAACCAAAAAUUACAAAUUUUGGAAGUUUAUAUUUAUUGACAUACAGUUUGUUCACACACUUAGUUUUCCUUUAAGGGUUUUAGUUUACCAAAUCAGCUGAAAAGCUCAUUUCCAUUUUUUUUAAUUAUAGUAAAAAAUCAAUUGAAUCAGGUACACCUAAACUAGCGGGCCAAACUGACCACAAAAAAUGAUCAGAAUGGGUUUGUAUUGUGAAUCGAACCCAAAAGACCACAUUACAGACUUGGUUUAAGUAAUUUUAUAAUUUAUAGGGGAUGAGCAGGAAACUGACGUGCACAUCUCUAUUUCAACACCCCAAUUUAUUGUUCAGCUUGGAUCGUGUAUAUUGUAUAGUACAUAUUUUUCCUUUUUAUAAAUAAUGUGGUAGAAUAACAACACAGAUCUUCCACUGCUGUCAGUUUAACCUUUUAAUCAGGAGAAAUAAAGUUUAGUCUUAGUAUUCUAUCAAUUAUUUAAAAAGUAUAUAUAUAUAGGGUGAUUCACUAAGCGUGCUCACUCUAUUUUUUUUAGUUGUAUAUGUAUAUAUAAAGAUAUUAAUUUAAAUUAUAAAGAUUCAAUUUAAUUUUAAUUGUUUAGAUAAUAAUUUAAACAUAAUGCAUAUUAUUUACUGCAUGGCAACAUAAUAUAACAUUUUUAAGCAUAUAAACAAAUUUAUUAUUAAGAAUAUUAACUAGUUAUACUUAAAAGAGCAUAUCUAUACUGAUAAGUAUUAGAAUUUCGUAUAAGUAUGUAGGGUAAAUUUGAUUUAGACACUGACCAGAAGUUAAAUAAUUCUAAUAGUGCUGGAAAAGGCAUAUAACCCAUACCUACAUUUUUGGAUUUUGUAAAACUGUAAUGACUUUUAUCUGAAAAACCUAAAAUAACACGGCUGCAACUGUGUUUUAGUGGUAAUUGUUCUUCGGGAAUCCAUAAUUUGUUAAUUUCAUUUAAAUAUUCUUUAACUAUUUGUGAUGUAGGGGAAACUUUACGCUUUAACCGUUUGCAAAGAAUGUUUCUCAUUGUUUUUUCCAUCACACGUUUACGUCUCAGAGAUCUCAAUAGUUUUUUGUGUUCCAAACGAUAAAUCUUCCGCUUUGUGGCAUUCAAAUCUUUGUGAGGUUUUUCUAGAGGACCCAAGUAAGUUUUAACUUUACUUAAAUCAUCUGGAGUUGGUAAACAUAUGUGUGAAUUAGGUUUCAAAACACCUGUCUGUGAAAUUUCAAAUCUAACAGGAACUAAGCAAUUUUGUAACUCUGGAAAUUCAGUUUUUAAAUUGUUUACACUCAUUAUGUCUUUCAAUUUUAACGUUAAAUUUUGUAGAUAAGUUAAAAACUUAAUAUUUCUCAAUACAAAUAUUCUGUUAGUGUUUGACAUCCAUUCAUUACAAAGAAUAUCCCAAGGGCAAUGAAAUGGAGUCUGAAAACCUAAUUUAAUGUAGUUUAGUCGCAUUUGUGGAGGACGCUUAAAAUAUUUCUGCAUGGCUUCUUCUUUUUCUAACGUGGACCUUAAUUUUCCAGUAUCGGUAUCAGGUUCGUCUGACCGUGGUAAACAUCGUUCUAGAACCAUAGUCAUAGUUUCUCUUAGCCCACCUGGUUGACAUCCGUUCAUAAUUAGCCCUAACCAAAAUGGCAUAGCCCAUUCUGCCGGCAACACAAUAUCCCAGCCACUACCAUAGCCU